AUGGGGGCCCUCAACCUUCCCCCGGGAGUGUUGGAAGCUUUCGACCUCUGUCGUCGCGCCUUCUUCUGGGCGGCCACGGACCGCGUUUCCGGGGCGCAAUGCCUCAUCGCCUGGUCCCAGGUGAAACUCCUCCACAGGCUCCACAUCGCGGCCGAGACCUCGUGGCCCGCAUGGGUCUGGUCUCCCCUUGGCGGCAACUCUCUCGCGGCGGAGCGUAGCGUGGCCCUGUGUGGGCCUCACUGGAGUGCGCUCCGUCGCCUGCUGCCGUUGUACCGCUCCAUCAGUGCGGUUUCCCUCGGCGACGUGAGUGCCACGUCCUUCUGGAUCGACGUUUGGCUCCCCAUGGGUGAGCUGAGCGUGGCCUUCCCUCACCUGCUCUCCUUCUUCGCCACGCCGGAGGCCACGAGGGCCCUCCUCCUGGCUGCUCUCAGCGCCGUCAGCUGCACGACGUUGCCCGAUGCUCGCUCCCUGGUGCGUUGUGCCGCUCCCCAUGGCAGACUCCGGGUUGUUGAGCUAUACAAGCUCCGCACCUUCGGCGGCGUGCAAUGCCCCUUCUUCGAGUUCGUCUGGCUCAACCACGCUCCGCCACGGGUGCGGGUCUUCACUUGGCUGUUGGUCCAGCACCGCCUCCCGUCGCGUGCCAACUUACUCCGGAAGACGAUCCUGACGGAGGAAGAGAGUAGCUGCCCGCUAUGCGGGGAGGUGAUUGAGACCUGCUCCCACCUCGUCUUCGGCUGCCCUUUUGCCAGGAGUUUUUGGGAUAGCAUCGGCGCCUCGCCGCCGCCCAGGCUGCUGGCCUCGGAUGCCGCCCUCGUCUCCCUGCCCGGGGAUAUCCCCGCUUCUACGAGCUCCUCCUUCCGGCCGCUUUGCCUGUGGCAUCUUUGGAAGCAUUGGAACGGGGUGGUUUUUCAAAACCUCGCCCCAUCUCUGGCGCUGGUUCGCAAGUGCUGCCGCGACGACGCCCUUCUUUGGAGGUGUCGUCUCCCUCUGGACCGACGUGAUGACGUGCUCUCCUGGGUCUCCUUGCUUGGGGCGCACGGCGGCUGGAUUGCCCCGCGCCUCUCCCCUCCUCCCUCAUGUAUAUAG